AGGGGGGAACCGCUGAGCCCACGAUCCUCGAGGAGCAGCAGAAGCGUGCGGACGAGGAGUUCAAAUGUCGUGUUGCGCGCAUCGCCUACGUCUGGCCAGAGAUCCGGAUAGAUCGACUUCAAACCUGCCCGGUCGAUCGGCCACGCAUUGAGUACGCGCUCUGUCGGUCACGAGUCGUUUAUGCACCUGCCAGUUAUAUGUGCUUCGCGAUAUGACAGUUUAACGACAAAAUCUGUUACGUUCCGGUUGGCGCAAACGCCACAGAAAUACAUAUGACACAGUGUGGCUAGAUGAUGGUAGAGAAGUUUAUUAACAAAACGGCAUGCUUGUAAGAUACUGGCUGCAUACUGUCACGUGGGAUGAAUGAGGAAGAAUUGUUGAAACGGUCUGCCGCAGAGCGCGAUAGGAUUUUCAGCUGCUAUGAUCGUGGCAGGGAAGGUGCUGAGAUUGACCCUUGGGAGGAUCCCGGUUAUGAAGUCUAUCAUACUACGGAUAGAUAUGGAUUUAUACACGAUAAAAGAUUACCACAGAAGCGGGACCAGUAUGAGCUCAAAUUGCAUAAUGUGGAGAUGGAGAGAUUAAAAAAAUGGGAGAAGAUGACAAAACAGUGGGAUAGUGUUUCAACCAAGGAAAAACUACGUCGUAGAAUAUAUAAGGGGAUUCCUAAUAGAUUUCGCGGUCAAGUAUGGGCCUUGCUUCUAGGUAUUAAAAAUUUAAAGAAGGAACAGGCAGGCAAAUAUGAAGAGAUGCUGCAGCUGGCUCGCCAAUGGUCCACAGAAAUACGACAGAUCGAUGCCGAUGUUGCCAGACAAUACAGAGAUCACAUUAAUUAUAGAGAGAGAUAUAGCAUAAAACAGAAAUCCAUGUUUUAUGUACUAGCUGCCUAUAGUAUGUACAAUAUGGAGGUAGGAUACUGCCAAGGAAUGUCUGUGCUAGCCGGUCUGCUGCUGCUUUAUAUGGACGAAGAGGAUGCAUUCUGGGGCCUUUCUGUGUUGCUUGCCGAUCAGAAAUACAGCAUGCACGGCUUUUAUGUUGAUGGAUUUCCAAAAUUAAAUCGCUUUAUAGAGCACCAUGACAAGAUAAUGAACAAAUUCUUGCCCAAGUUGAAACGGAAGAUGGACAAGUGCGGAUGCGAUUCAAUACUUUAUGCGUUGAAGUGGUUCUUUGUCGUUUUUCAGGAGAGAACACCUGUGAGUCUUGGUCUCCGUAUUUGGGAUAUAUUUUUGCUAGAUGGUGAUCGCAUGUUGUCAGCGAUGGCGUACACCGUGAUGAAGCUGCAUAAGCGUUACUUGAUGCCAAUGGAAAGUCUUGAUGAGUUUUGCAAUUAUUUGCAAAUCAAAUUGGAAAAGGACUUCUGCUUCGACGAUGACACUGUGAUCAACACGAUGGAACGCAGCAUGGAAGAGUUAAAGCGUGCCAAAUUAGACUAUCCAGGUUCUCCAUUGCCGCACGAACUGCCCCGUUAUCCAUUCGGCACCUUCAAAGAACCAUCUUUCACCAGUAAGGUUGGAAGACGAAGCGAAGAAUUUAGCGAAGCUCAGCACGUAAUGCGAGAGUCCGUAGCGCAGCGCAGGGACAUGGCACUGAAUGACGACGGCAGAGAGAGCACUACACCCAUAGAACCGACCAGCAAUCUUGGCGGAAGCAAAUUCUCCUUCGAUCCAAGUCUUGAAGAGGGCACGUCUCCCAACGGCUCCCGUAGAUCGUUAGCCGAGACGUCGGUGACAUCGACUGCCGAUCUUUCGGUAUUUAGCUCGGCAACGCGUUCCCAAGCAUUGGAUAAUAGUCUGGAUACUCAAAGCAAUAUUUCGAACGCCAGCUCGGGUAGUGGCGGUUUGCCAACACCGCGGGCCACGCCGCAUCAGCCUAGUCCUGAUAUCGUGCGCAUUUAUGUGCCGUAUACGUCACCGUCGGCGGCGGCGUCUUACAAGGAUGACCUACCGCGCACGCUGCCACGCUCCCUGGACACAAACAAAAUUCGCAUUCGCGUCGAUCCGGACCAAACGCCCAUCGUCGAGAAUCUGAAACCGUUCUCUCUGGAAAGCCCGGAGGUGGAACUGGACUUGAAGUAAAGUGAGUCGACUGAACCAUAAGCGUGUGAGCAGUUAGUAUGUGGGAAAUGAAAAAAAAAAAUUACAUACUACGUAUCGUGAAAAGCAUAUACGCAGACAGAAUAUUUGAGAAAAUUCACGCAGAUCUAGUAGAAAAAUUUUAUGACGUUAUAUUAAUUGUAUUUUUCUCCGUCAACAGAUUUUAUGAUAUGUUUAUUUACAAUAGCAUAUAUAAACAUUAAAAAUAACUAAGUCAAUAAGUAAUUUGAAGGAACUUGCACAUUUUCUUGUAUAAUAAAUAAUUUAUUUUAUGGAAAGAGAGAAAUUGUGUAAUAACGCAAAGCGUGAUUUCUGAUAUACUCUGUGUAUGUGUGUAUACACAUGUGCACAUAAAUCGUACACAUACCAUCGAAAGAACAAAUGACAAAUACGACAGCUAUUAUAUUAAGUCUCAAAAGAUUUCUUUAUAGAAAGAAUGUCAAUUGAAGAAUUAGAAUUUAAAAGCGAGAUAAAAAAAUAUUAAUACAAUGUACCGUUUUUAGAAUGUAAUCUUAAUAUUAAUUAAUAACGUAAUCUUUGAUAUCUGUUAUUCUUAUAUAUACAAAUUACAUUUUAAUUUAUAAAAAGAAAUAAUUAAAAAUUAACUAUAUAUUUCAAUCUUAGAAUCGGUAGAACUAUGAUUAACUACAUUCCUAUUUACGCAAAGAUCAUAUUUACAAAAAAUCAGAGAUAUAUUGUAUGUAUUUCAGUUUCAAAAAAUUAAAAAAAAAAAAAGAGACAAAGAUUGUAACAUCUCGGUUUAGAAAAAGUUAAAACAACGCCGCAUUGUGGCCUAAUUUAUGUUUCAUUGACAGCUAAACAUUUGACAUAUAUUGCUUUACUUAUAUUGCUCAUUGCGUCACGCGUUCGUAUUUGUCACAAUCGCAUAUUUCCAAUUAGCAGUGGUUUUGAUCUCCUUGAGAAAAAAAAAAAAAAUAACCAUCUGA